AUUAUUGUAAAAGACAUUUGCAAUUUUGAACCCAACAAAUCGUGCUAAGUUGUCAGGUUAUUUUACAGCUUCUCUCUUCUAAGUGCUGAGGCCCUGAGCUGGUGACCUACUUGUUUGAGUUGAGGAUGAAAGGGAAGGAUAUGACACAUUAGGUCCCCACAACAUAAGGCAGGGGAGAGAGAGAGAAGGGGAGCAAACGCAACGCCUGAUUUGUUGUCUAUGCCUUCGAGAACCAAGACCAGUGUGGUACCAGGAACAUAACCUACGAUUUGAGGGACUAUUUGAUAAGGGUCACGAUCAUAACCAUUUACAGAGCAAUUAAUCAUGCCCUGAGCGCAGCCAUUUGUCCAACAUGGACCGACAUGGAUCCUGCUUGCCAACUCGUCUCAAGUAGCCAACUUUCCAAAGUCAUCUUGCAUGUAACACAGGGCCUUCAGUAGCUGACUAUAGUCACAACUUUUUCGAAUCUGGGCAAAUCAUUGAGGCACGAUUGACUGUUUACCCAGGCGCUAGCCUAACAGCUGAGGAGAUAAUUUGCUAGCCGGUGACCAGUCAUAGCUGGACUGAUUGACUCCCCAUGAGGAUCUCUGGCACCGGGUGGCAUUGAGUGAACGAGCGGAGGAAAAGCUUCACAUUAUUUUCCCACGAGUUUACAAGAGCUUCCCUGUUCCAUGCCAGAACAACCAUUGCCUUUUGCGCGCUCCCUUGUCAGCGAGACGUGCCUGGUACAGAGACUGGGGCGCGCGGUAGACGCAAACAACUGGGGCUGAAUGGAAAGGGAGUAGGUAGGGAAACUGAUGUCGAGUGGAUAGCAGCGGAGUGACAACUUUCUCGGUUUGCGAUAUGGAUCGAGGUAGACUGUUUACACGGGCUCAAGCGUUUUAUAUCAUACAGUAAAAGGUUAUCACAAUGAACAAUCAUUACAGUCCCAAGUUUGAAUAAGGACGACGCACGGAAAGCAGUCGAACUUCCCUACUCAACUCCACGUCUUUUUGAGAUACAACUUUAAUCACUUUUGCACGGUUUCAUCAACGCGACAUUAUUUUAUUCCAUUACCAUCCUUGUGAAAAUGAUCAAGGGUGACAGCAAAGGCGAGCGAUCGCUGAGGAGCGCCUCCCCUCAUAGAAACGCGUACAAGACGGAUUUUCACACCAUCAAGUGCUCUUUUGAUGGAGCCAAGUCCCAAGCCAACAGGGCCGGUGACCCCAUGGCAGAGGCGAGGGGCAGGCCGACGGGCACCCGAGGAAGCAAAAUUAAAAACAACAUUUUUCUUCAGAUGGACGGCCAGCACCACGACGCCGGGGCAGCCCUAACUAAACCCGAUUUGUCAAAGCACCUGUCCCACGCAAGAAGACCGCUCAGUAGCAGCUCUCACAAGGGCAGCGUGAGCAGCAUUACAAGUCAAGAGUCUGCCGCCUCGGAUAAAGCCUCUGUGAACGAGGAGGCGGACAUUGACAAAGCAACACUGGCAGUAAAGUUCUCUGUCACCCGCAAGCUUUUUGAGACUGGUCUGAAAGAGCCGGGGUCCACAGAGAGACCUGCCAUCCCGGCUAAAGUCACCGCCCGCUUGUCUGUGGACAGUAAUACUUCUGAGGAGGGGAAGACAGUGGGGAGACCGACAAGCCCCAGUCAGAAGCCAUCAACCACUAGAGCCUGGGAGGAUGAAGGAAGGCAAAGAGAGGAGAGGGAGAGAGAGAAGGGGAAGAGUGAAAGGGACACACCCACCCACAAGUCCAGCGGGGCCACAAACGCUGGACCCAUGUCAAGGCGACUGGAGAGCUUCAUGUUGGACAGUGACAGUGACGACUCCAACCACCAGGCUGACAUCUCUGCUAAUGGCCACCACCAGCUGGCCUCUGUCAGCAGCUGCUAUUCAGUGAAAAUCAGAUCUGUGAGCGCCGACUCACCUAGCGCCAAGACCCCUCUCAGCAGCAUCCCCCCGCCAUCAAUGGGAACGGCAAAACAGACAACUAUACAAGUUUUCAGUCCACCCCUCCCACCAAACCAACCAGUUUGGAGGUGACCCACACAU